GCAGGACCUUCACCACUGCACUUGCCCAGUAACUCUGGCUGUGCCGUGCACCCCUCCGGUAAGACGGGCACCCCAGGAGCAUGGCAGAUGAAGACCUCAUCUUCCGCCUGGAAGGCCUGGAUGGCGGCCGGUCCUCCCGGGCUGGCCACAACAGUGACUCUGAUGCAGACAGCGAUGACGAGGAAGGUUACUUCAUCUGCCCCAUCACCGACGACCCCAGGUCAAACCAGAAUGUCAGUUCCGAGGUUCAUAACUACUACAGCAACCUAACAAAAAGUGAGCGGUCCCCAGCCAGCUCCUUCAACUUCAAGGAAGCCUGGAAGCAUGCGAUCGAGAAGGCCAAGCACAUGCCUGACCCCUGGGCCGAGUUCCACCUGGAGGACAUUGCCACGGAAUGCGCUACUCGGCACAGGUACAAUGCGGUCACCGGGGAGUGGCUGGAAGACGAAGUACUGAUCAAGAUGGCAUCUCAGCCCUUUGGCCGUGGAGCAAUGAGGGAGUGCUUCAGGACGAAGAAGCUCUCCAACUUCCUGCACGCCCAGCAGUGGAAGGGGGCCUCCAACUACGUGGCCAAACGCUACAUUGAGCCUGUGGACAGGGAUGUGUAUUUUGAGGACGUGCGUCUACAGAUGGAAGCCAAGCUCUGGGGGGAGGAGUAUAAUCGGCACAAGCCCCCCAAGCAGGUGGACAUCAUGCAGAUGUGCAUCAUCGAGCUGAGGGAGAGACCGGGCAGGCCCCUCUUCCACCUGGAGCACUACAUCGAGGGCAAGUACAUAAAGUACAACUCCAACUCAGGCUUCGUUCGCGAUGACAACAUCCGCCUGACACCACAGGCCUUCAGCCACUUCACAUUCGAGCGCUCUGGCCAUCAGCUAAUAGUGGUGGACAUCCAGGGUGUGGGGGACCUGUACACUGACCCGCAGAUCCACACCGAGACGGGCACUGACUUUGGAGACGGCAACCUAGGUGUCCGGGGGAUGGCUCUCUUCUUUUACUCUCAUGCCUGCAACCGGAUUUGUAAGAGCAUGGGCCUUGCCCCCUUCGACCUCUCACCACGGGAGAUGGAAGCAGUGACUCAGAACACCAAGCUGCUGCAAUCAGCCAAGACCAUCUUGAGGGGGACAGAGGAAAAGUGUGGGAGCCCCCGAGUAAGGACCUUCUCUGGGAGCCGGCCCCCCCUGCUCCUUCGCCUUUCAGAGAACUCAGGAGAUGAGAACAUGAGCGACGUUACCUUCGACUCUCUCCCUUCCUCCCCAUCUUCGGCCACACCACACAGCCAGAAACUGGACCACCUCCAUUGGCCGGUGUUCGGUGAUCUCGAUAACAUGGCAUCCAGAGACCAUGACCAACUGGACAACCACCGGGACUCGGAGAACAGUGGGGACAGCGGCUACCCCAGUGAGAAGCGGGGUGAGCUGGAUGACCCUGAGCCCCGAGAGCACGUCCACUCAAACAGUAACCGGAGGUAUGAGUCUGAUGAAGACAGCCUGGGCAGCUCCGGACGGGUCUGUGUGGAGAAGUGGAAUCUCCUCAACUCCUCCCGCCUCCACCUGCCGAGGCCUUCGGCCGUGGCCCAGGAAGUGCAAAGGCUUAAUGCUCUGGACCUUGAAAAGAAAAUUGGGAAGUCCAUUUUGGGGAAGGUCCAUCUGGCCAUGGUGCGCUACCAUGAGGGCGGACGCUUCUGCGAGAAGGAUGAGGAGUGGGACCGCGAGUCGGCAGUCUUCCACCUGGAGCAUGCGGCCGACCUGGGCGAGCUGGAGGCCAUUGUGGGCCUGGGGCUCAUGUACUUGCAGCUCCCACACCACAUCCUGGCCGACGUCUCUCUCAAGGAGAUGGAAGAAAAUAAAGUAAAAGGAUUCGAUUACUUACUGAAGGCAGCUGAAGCAGGCGACAGACAGUCCAUGAUCCUAGUGGCACGAGCUUUUGACACCGGCCAGAACCUCAGCCCAGACAGGUGCCGAGACUGGCCUGAGGCCCUGCACUGGUACAACACUGCCCUGCAGACCACGGACUGCGAUGAGGGUGGCGAGUAUGAUGGGAUGCAGGACGAGCCCCGGUACACGCUGCUGGCCAGGGAGGCUGAGAUGCUGUUCACAGGCGGCCUUGGGCUGGAAAAGGACCCACAGAGAUCAGGGGACUUGUACACCCAGGCAGCCGAGGCAGCCAUGGAAGCCAUGAAGGGCCGGCUGGCCAACCAAUACUACCAGAAGGCAGAGGAGGCCUGGGCCCAGAUGGAGGAAUAACUUGCCAGGAAGAUCUCUGCCAGCUAGUUCCAAGCAAAAGGGCUAGGAGGAAAAGGGAAAAAAAAGACUUAGUUUGGGGAGGGAAAGCAUUUUUAGUGUGUUGUAAAUCAACUUUUGUAUUUCAUGUUUUGACUCUUGAAAAUGUCUUUGCUACUAGCAGAGACACUACACCUGUACCUUAGAGGCAGGAUUUUGGGGGAAUGGGUAUUGAAAAAGCAGCCUAAUGAACCAACAUAUCGUUUCAAGGUUCUGUUUUUAUUUUUGUUUCAUUUUUUGUCAUGUGAUGUAAGAAAGUGCUUUUCUGCCUUGCAUGGGCAAUAUUAGGGCUCUGCUCACCAGCCUUUUCAGGCUGGACUGAAAUCUCAGGCCCACAGGGCCCUGUGUUUGUGAAUUAGGAUGGGGAGUUAACGUCCCAUGGGGCGUGUACUGGCAUGACUCAGUGCAGCCUUCUUUGUCAGAGCACUUGGAAGUGCACAUGGCACUUUCAACAGAUGUGAGAUUGUACAGUGCCCAGGCCCCUUCUUCCAUAGGGAAGAGCCUGCACACUGUUUUCUAGUCUUUUCGUUUAAUUUCCUCCCACAAUGCAACUGUCAGGCAUACAGCCAAAUUCCAUUUUUAAGCAUGCUUUCUACAUGGGCUUUAUAAAACACAUUCAAUUUUUGUAUGCACACAUUUACUACCUCUAACUCCUACAUCAGCUAGUGUGGAAGAGGGUGUGCCUCAAAGCUUUUACAUGUAAAGACAAUGGCUUGGGAUAUUGGAGCCUUUUCUCCAAACAGUCACGUACCCUGCAUCUCAGUGGCAGCAUCCACAGUGUGACUGAAGUGUCCCUUGUUCCCUAUUCCCUGGCGUUUAAUUAGCAUCUGAUGCUCUUAUGUAGAAUUUGCUCCCCAGCCUUGUCUUUGGCAUUUUCUGCUUGAAGCUAGGCUGAUUUUGUGUAACUUGCAGCAGGAUGCUUUCAGCAGUAGCCCCUUGAGAUUGCAUCUAAGAUGUAUGAGAAUGAGAGGGCAAGAACUAUAAACACUCAUUAAUUUCAGUAGUUUCCCCAGGGCCAGGCUAUGGUUAUCUUUAUCUAAUGAGCUUUCCCUUUAAACGGAGUUCAGAUUUCAUAUUAGUAUGAUGUAAUUUGGUGAUUCAAAUAGCAAGGAAAACAGACCGCUUUAAUCAAUCCCAAAUGCCAAAGCAGCCUCUCUUUGUUUAAAAAUCAAAAUGUAAAAAAGCAGAGUAUAACAUACAGAACAUUCUUAUCUGUUCAUUGGAACAGGUCCUUCAACACUUGAGUACUGAGUGCUGUGGAGUCAUGAACCUGUGCUGGGAUUAGGUUCCAAAGUCCAGAGUGUCCCUUAAAGGAAAAAUCAAGCAGAGUCAAAAUUACCCUCGGAAAAUCCCUAAGACCACCCAUAAAUGACAGUGUCCCUGGUUUUUAUACAUGGACUCAUCACAGUCGGUUUUCCUAUAGAAAUUGGACCUGGUCACCCUUUUUUCAUCUGUACCAGAUCAAUAGUUGCCUUGCGUUAAGCUGGUGUGUGUGUGUCAGUGCAUAUAGUUAAAUUGCACAUGUUAAAUGUAAGCAAGAAGCUACUUUAUUGUGAUUUAUCUCUUCAAAGUAAUCAAGCCCCAUAUAACUCAUGCUUCUUUUGUUAUUGUUAAUUCAGCCACCCUUCUCUCUCUGUGAGAUUUUGUUAUGUAAAUAAUUUGGGUUCCCUGAUCACCAAUCUAAUUUCUUAAUUAUGUCAUCUCUUCUCUAGCAAGAAUUGGCAAGACUUUUUUUGUAAAGGGCCAGAUAAUAAACAUUUUAGGCUUUGCAGGCCAUAUCA